CGCUCGGCGCGGGGAUGGAACAUGGCUCUGUCCCGAGGUCUGAGAUGCUGUCAGAGGGUUUUCUCCUGGAUCCCGGUGCUGAUCAUCGCCUCCGUGGCGCUGUGGUCCUACUACGCCUACGUGUUCGAGCUGUGUCUGUUUACAAUAACCAACACAGCGGAGAAAGUCAUCUACCUACUGGUGUUUCAUGUUUGCUUCGGGAUGUUCUCCUGGACCUACUGGAUGUCCAUCUUUACCCCUCCCGCUUCACCAUGCAAAAAGUUUCAGCUCUCAUACUCGGACAAGGAACGAUACGAGUUUGAGGAGAGGCCAGACGCUCAGAAGCAGAUCCUGGUGGAAAUUGCAAAGAAGCUGCCCAUCUCCACUCGAGCGCAAUCCGGAGCUAUCAGGUUCUGCGACCGCUGCCAGGUACUGAAGCCUGACCGCUGUCACCACUGCUCGGUCUGUGAAACAUGUGUAUUGAAGAUGGACCACCACUGUCCCUGGGUUAACAACUGUGUGGGCUUUUCCAACUACAAGUUUUUCCUGCUUUUCCUCUCCUGGUCCAUGGUGUACUGUGUAUUCAUUGCAGCGUCAGUCCUGCAGUAUUUCCUCAAAUUCUGGGUGGGGGAGUUGUCAAAUAAGCCUGCGAAGUUCCAUGUCCUCUUCCUCAUGUUUGUGGCGCUCAUGUUCUUCGUCAGUCUCAUGUUCCUCUUUGGCUACCACUGUUGGUUGGUGGCCAAGAACAGAUCAACUCUAGAGGCCUUCUCAGCUCCAGUAUUCAGCAAUGGACCAGACAGAAAUGCUUUUAAUGUCGGCAUACGCAGAAACCUGCAGCAGGUAUUUGGAGAGGAUCGGAGACUGUGGUUUAUCCCUGUCUGCACAAGCCAAGGAAACGGCCACUACUUUCCCUUGAAGAAUCGGAGUUCUGAGUCCCACAAUCCCCUGUUGGCUAAUGAGGACAUGUGGGAGGAGUCAGAUGAUGGCUCUGAGGAAGUAAGCUUGGUUGACAACGAAGACCCCUCUGUUACCAUAGAGAUGGAGGAAUAGGUAUUCAACAAAAGGACAUUUUACACUGGUACGGAGCAUGUAGAUAUACAGUAUAUUGUGCACACUGUACCACAAGGUAGAUGCAUUCCAAAUGAUAUGGAUGUACGACACUGAAAAACACAAAUCUGACGAGGGCCAAAUGAGUCGAUAAAAACUGUCCAUGGUUAUUUUACAAAAUGACGAACAGCGGAACUCACUGGAUGGAUGGAUCACCUCUGCUCUCGUGAAUGGACACACAUCAGACGAUUCAGACCAAAAAAACGAACAUCUUGUGCAAUAUUACCUCGCAUACAAGAAGGCAACUGUUGGUCAUCACAGGUUGUAUAUUUGCCUCUGUUCAUCUCUAGGCUCCGGACUCUGUUAAUUAGGAAGCUUCUGUGCGACACUGUGAUGUUUUAUAUGCUCCCUGUUUCAGUGUUGGGCUGAGUUUACAGUGUUGCACCUUUAGAGUUGGAUCUGUGCAGGGACCUCACACCCUUGAUGCUCCAGAGAUCUCUUGUUGAGACUUAGUCGUCUUAUCUCUCUCAGUUUGGGUCUUGCGGAAUAAGAUUUUAUUUAAUUUUCUUUUCAAUUAAUAUAUAACAUAUUAGAAUACCUGCGCCUUAUUACUGUAUUUAUACCUGUGUUUUGGGAGUUUCUCUUCUUCUAAGAAUGUAUCCAGCUUCCUGCUCAUGUGCCAUUUUAGGCGCCUAUUUACAAAAUACGUGUUUUUUAUCAAUAAUAUUUGAGUUGUGAUGCCAUUAACAAUGUUUGAUCAGAACAGUGAUAAAUAAAACACAACUAGCUUACAUCUGUUGCUCUAGUUGGCAGCUACUGCUCAUUAUACAUCAGUAUUCAUAAUAUUCACCAGUGGAAUCAUAUCCUGAAUAUAAGGUGUUUCAUGACUUAAAUGCUGAUUAAAAUUAAAAAAGCACUGAACCUUAUUUUGAAGUUUACGAUGAACAUAAAAAACAUACAAAUAUUUAAAAAAAGUGAAAUAUCAUGUUGUUUUCUAGUAUAUCAGUCAUCCCUGUGUAAGAUAACACUUCAAUGUGGAGGCAAAGUGAUGAGAAAGUAAAGUGAUAAUAGUUUUCAUCACAUAGGGGAGGAUAUAGAUUCUCCUGUUUUUUUCUUCUUAAUUGAGAUCUUUAUAGACAUGCAGUUUACUGUACAUAUAUAAAUAAUGACUGACGCUCAUCCACUGGCUGGCAGAGGUCAGUGAUCUCCUGCAAUAUGCAGUUCUGUUUUCUUUUCUACUUACUGUGUUUAUGUAUUUGGAAUUUUAAAUACAGUUGUAACAGAUUCUUCUCAUCAAGGGCAUCGGGCUCAUGGACAUGGCCACUGUACUCGGUUCACAACCAUUUCUGGGAAUGAGUGAGUCGGGCCUUUAUCAAACCUUGAUGCUGUUUGAUUUUUAAUCUUUAACUGUGCUGGGUAAGCCAAAUGAAAUGCUGCUCAUGUCUGAGAAAUACAUUAAUUAAAACCGUUUGUCAUUCUGUGCAUGUGUAAAACAUUAGGUUGUGGAUGUUGAGUGCUUCAUGUCGUCUUGUGUCUAUUUAUUGUUUUUAUGUUCAGUUUUGGUUCCUGUUUAUUGAUUCUGAACUGCUGCGGGCGGUGUCUGUUUAUUUUGCUCUAUCAAGUGACACUUCUAAGCAAUGUGCUUUUAUCUGAUAGUAGGAUAUUUAUAAAAACAAGACAAUAUUUUUUUCAUUAUACAAACAGGACUUCAGUAUUGCUUAAGCACACGUGGUCCCUUUUGAAUUGUCUUUGGAGUAUGUGAAUGUGGUACUUCCCCUUUUAAACACCCAAACCACCAGAAAUACUGACACCGAUUCCUUUUCUGUUCUGUCUGUUAACAAAUAUAAAUUCUUUAUUGAUCCAUCACUUGUUGUAACAUGCAAAAUAAAAUGCUCCAAGUUGAA